UUUACGGACGUUAAAUUUGUGUGUUUCAGUCUGUUUGGGGUUGGUCUGCUGAUUUUGUGGAAUAAAUAUAUAAAUAUAUAGAUACAUUUUUGAUUAUUUUAAUUGAAUAAUGGGUUCUAACAAACGGCACAAGUCUGAUAAAAAUAAAGAAUCUAAGAAAAAACGUCAUCGCAGUCGCUCACGAUCUUACAGCCCAGAGCCGGAGAAAAGUGAGCGACAUCGUCAUCACAAAAAACACAAGAGGAAAGAACGUAAAGAAUAUGAUAGUGAUGUGGAAAUAGUUAGUACUCCACCACCGCCACCAAAAAUAUCCCGCAGUCAUGACGCUACUCCGCCACCACCAGAAAUAUCACGUCCACGAACUCCAUCACCGGCUCCACGAACCAGCGGAUCAGCGUCUGGUAAUUCUUCUCAAUCAUUGUCCAUUGAGGAGACCAAUAGGAUUCGUGCUAAAAUAGGAUUAAAGCCACUGGAAGUCAAUUCCGCACCCUCAAAAGAUGAGCCCAAUAAAAUAAAAGAUGACUUGGGUGAAUUUUAUCAUAAGCCAGCACAGAAUACUGCUGAGAAAUUGAAAACUGAAAAGAUCAGAGAUCGGCUCAAUGUACAGAAGCAGAAGCGAGUUAUUGAAUCAAAUUUGUCGAAAAUUAGGACACUUGGGGAUGAUGACUCUGAUGAGGAUGCUCUGGCUUGGAUUGAGAAGAAUCGUAAGCUGCAGGAAGAGAAAAAGAAGGCCGAGUUGAGAGCCAAGCAAUUGGAUCAACUGGAUGCUGAAUUUGGUAUUGAAGAUUUGGUGAAAGAGGAAGUCAGGAAUGACAGGCGGGCUGCUUAUUCUGAUAAGGAUCUACGGGGUCUUAGAGUCGAGCACAAUAUUGAAACUUUUACUGAAGGACAAACAGUAAUUCUGACCCUUCAGGACAAAGGAGUUCUUGAUGAGGGCAAUGAUGUCCUGGUGAACGUAAACAUACGCGAUGACGAAGUCUACAAGCGUAAUGUUCACAACAAACUAAAGAAACCCGGUUACGACGCUUACGACGAGGACAAUUAUGAUGAGUUUGGUCUGCCUAAGAAUCACGUCCUCGAGAAAUAUGACGAAGAGAUCGAGGGUGAGAAGAAGCAGAGCUUUAUUUUGGGAGUUGAUAAUGCCAAGGAAGUGCAGCAACGGCGCUCUGAAAUAGUAAAGCAGCGGCUGGCUAACAAACGGCUCGAGAGUCUGAAGCUGGAUGAACCCAAGUUGGCUAGCGAGUAUUACAAUGAAGAGGAGCUCGCUAAAUUCAAGAAACGCAAAAAGAAAGUGAGGAAGAUAAGACAAAAUAAACCUCUCAAAGCAGAUGAUCUGGUUCCUGACAGUACGGAUUAUUUGAGAGAUUUGGGAAGUCGCAGGAGGAAGAAGCCCGAGGAAACUAAAGUCAAAGUUGAUUCAUCGGAUACUUUGGACGUCGCUGAUUAUGAAAUGCCCUCGGAAAAUUUGACGAACAUUAAGAUCCAAGAUGAUGAUAAAGAUCUUGAAGUAAAUCGCGCUUUGAGUAAAACGAAGCGCUGGAGAGAGUCAUCAGUUGCUUUCAACGAUAAAAUUCUUGAUUUAAUUAAAAAAGAAUCAGCUAGUGAAGAAAAUAUAUCUGGGAAUAUAACAUUAAAUGCAACUGCUGAAUUCUGUCGUACACUUGGAGAAAUUCCUACCUAUGGACUGGCGGGAAAUCGCGAGGAUGACGAUCGCGAGAUGAUGGACUUUGAAUUGGAGGAGGUGAAAGAAGAGCCGAUGGAGUCCGAAGACCCGGAUGAUGGACGCGGUGCUUGGAAUACCGUAAAACUAGACGAAGUAAAACGUGAACCAGUUACACUGGAAGCGGCUAUCUUGGACGCUGAGCCGUCUCUGGGUCAGGGAGUCGGCGGCGCUCUGCGGUUAGCCAUGAGCAAAGGAUACUUGAUGAAAGAAGACACCAACCGACCAUCAGCGAGCCGGUUCGCUCAUCUCCAAGCCCAGAAUUACUCGAUCGAGGACAAAACUUACGGCGGAGACGACGACAAAUUUGGACGCAGAGACCGAUUCAAUGGGCCCUCGUCCGACUUUAAAGAGAAAGACGGUUUCAAGCCUAAUGUUAAAUUGGAAUACAUUGAUGACGAAGGUCACGUGCUCAGCGCUAAAGAAGCUUUCAGAUAUUUAUCCCACAAAUUCCACGGUAAAGGUCCGGGUAAGAAUAAAGUUGAGAAGAGAAUGAAGAAAGCCGAGCAAGAAGUAUUGAUGAAACGCAUGUCAUCAACUGACACACCUCUGGGUACUCUAAAUCUUCUUCAGGCUAAGCAAAAGGAAACUCAGUCCCCAUUUAUUGUUCUCAGCGGCAGUAAACAGAUGCAGGCAACCUCGAUAUCCAAAACAAAACAUUAAAUUAUUUAAUAAUUGUACAAUAUUAAUAAAUAAAUUUAUCAAUACAAACUUAUUGAUAAUUGACAGUUUGGAAA